UGAUGCUGUCUUGUCAGCCGCGCUUGGAAAGCAUGUGGGGACACGGCUCCUGACUGCCGUGGGACAAGGGACUGGUUGGGGACAGCCGCUGCUAAGAAACUGCCCCCCUCAUCUCAACUUGUCAUCCCUCUGAUCUGCUGCCACCAGGUCCCCCAUGAGGUCACUGCUGCUGCCGCUGCUGGUGCUGUGGGUGCAGCGGCUCCCAGGGACCCUGGCAGAGGACGAGGGAUGCAACCACACUGCACAGGCAGGACUGGAGGGCCAGGAUGCACGUGGUGAAAGAGGCACCCUGCUGAAUGUCAGUGUGAGUGACCAUGACCGCUCAGACUCCCUCCUUCUGUCCUGGGAUGAGCCAGAGGGAGGUGCCAAGGGAUAUUUGCUGGCCCUCUCCUCCCUGGGGUCAGACACACCGCUGCAGAAUGGGUCUGCUGGACCCAACACCACCAGCUUCUGGUUCCAUGGGCUGACUCCUGGCACACGCUACGAGAUCGAGGUGACAGCCACGCUGGCCUGCAUGGACACCACCAGCCAGACCAUCACAGCACAGACAAGUCCAGCACCUGUCCUUAACCUGAGCCUGAGCAGCGGGGGGAGCUCGGCCUGGCUGCGGGCAGCCUGGGCACACGGGCACGGCCAGCGGGACGGCUACAGCCUGGCACUGUGGCACAGCGAGUCCCAGAGCCUGGUGAGGAACGUGUCCCUCCUGCCCAGCGCCUCCACCUUCCUCUUCGACGGGCUGCUGGCUGGCAGUGAGUAUGCCCUGAAGGUCAGCACGCUGGCUGGGUCCAGGCAGGCCAGCACCAGCAUCCACCAGUGGACAGCUCCCUCCAUCCCCACCCAGCUGAGGCUCAGCCCCGUUUCCAGCACCAGCCUCGUCGCCUCCUGGGCUGGUGCUGCAGGGGCUGCCUGGCUCCACCUUGAGCUCCGUGACCUCCUCACUCAGAAGGUCAGCACGACCCUGUCAGCCAGGAGGGGCCUCAGCAGCUACACCUUCCAGCACCUCCACCCUGGCACUCAGUACUGGCUGGGGCUCAGUGCCACAGCUGGCUCCUACACCGUAGUGGGACCCAAUGCCACUGCCUGGACAUACCCCCUGAGCCCUGGCAAUGUGACCCUGAGCAGUGCAGAGGAGCAGAACUCCUUAGAGGCUCGCUGGAGUGUCCCAGAGGGACAGAGGGAGUUCUACCUGGUGACACUGCGAGAGGGAGAGGACAGUGCUCCAACGAGGAACAUCUCUGUUGGUGGGGACAAUGACCAUGUCACCUUCCACGGGCUGAGCCCUGGCCAGCAGUACUCUGUGCAGGUGGUGGUGGUGGCAGGGCCGUACAGGGCAUCAGCACACAGCACAGCAGCCUGGACAGAACCACAAGCACCAUUUGGUGUGAGCCUGUCCAGCCAGGGUAGCCCCCACAGCCUGCUGGCCAGCUGGGAGGAGGCCACAGGGGAGGGCUAUCUGCUGGUCCUCAGCCUUGCAGAGCACCCUGUGAGGAACAGCUCCUUGCUCAGGGGUGUCACGAGCUUCACCUACAAGGGCCUCCACCCUGGCACCCUCUACACCUUUGAGGUCAGCACCGUGGCUGGGCCCUACACAUCCUCACCCCGGCGCGUCUCCAACUGGACAUACCCUUUGCCCCCAGAGCAGCUGACCCUCAGCAAUGGGGGCCACAGCACCUCUCUGCAAGCCUCCUGGAGAGCAGUUUCCUCUGGCAGCACUGGCUACACAGGGACCCUCCGAGAAACCAAGUCACAGGAGCAGGUCAGGAAUGUGACUGUGGGGAGUGACUGCACAAAUGUCACCUUGGAGAACCUGGUCCCUGGGCGACAGUACACACUGGAGAUGGCUGCUAUGGCUGGGCCUUACAGAUCCCCUGUGCAAUCAGCCACCGACUGGACGUACCCCCUGGCUCCAGCUGGUGUGACGCUGACCAACACCCGGCGCCCAAUGGGGCUCUCGGCCUUCUGGGAAAAGGCUGCUGGUGAUGUGGACCAGUUCCACCUCCAGCUCUACAGCAAGAGCCAUGCAGCACAAAGGAACAUCUCAGUGGGGCCAAACACCCACAACUUCACGUUCCUGGGGCUGUCCCCUGGCACUCAGUACUUCCUGAAGGUGACUGUCCUCGCUGGCCCAUACAGAUCCUCAUCACACUUUGCCACUGAGUGGACAUAUCCACUGUCCCUGGCUAACGUGAGUGUGCAGCCUGGCCGGAAACCCCAGGAGCUGCACGUGAGCUGGGUGGAGUCCGGAGGUGGCAGAGAUCACCUGGUACAGCUCUCAGUGGCUGAGUCCCUGUCCAUCAUCAGGAAUGUGUCUGUCCCCCGUGGAGUCACCCAGCUGGACCUGGAGGGGCUGGUGCCAGGCUCCCGGUACCGUGUGGAGAUCAUUUCCCAGGCUGGGCCUCAUCGCAUCUCGUCCCAGACUGCCAUCGGCUACACCGUCCCACUGCCUCCUCGUUCCCUGUCUGCCAGCCCCGUCGGCAUGGCCUGGGCUCUGGCUGUGCACUGGGACACUGCUCCUGGGCACAGGGAUGGAUACCUGCUCAGCGUGCUCCAGGAGGGCUCUUCUGCACCACCAAGGAACCUGGAAGCAGGGAAGGACAGCACCAAUGUCACUGUGGCACAGCUGGAAGCAGGAACGUGCUACCUUGUCAGGAUCUGGGCCGUGGCUGGGCCCUACCGCUCCCUGCCCGAGAACGUCACCGGCUGCACAGUUCCUGCUGCACCAACAAACGUGAGCCUUACCAACCCAGGCAGCUCCUCAGAGCUUUACACAUCCUGGAACAAGCCCCCUGGCAGGAGGGACCACUACCGUGUUACUCUGUAUCGCCUCAGCUCCCAGAGCAGGAUUCAGGUCCAGACCUUGAGUCCAGAUGCCCUGAACAUGACCUGGACUCACCUGGAAGCCGGCAGCAAGUUUGCUGUGCAGGUCACUGCUGUGAAAGGCUCAUUAGCAGCCUCUUCCAUCAACAUCACCCAAUGGACAUAUCCCUUGGCCCCUGUCAACCUCACCCUGGGCAGCCGCUCAGCCUCAGUGCUGGUGGUGUCCUGGGCCGUGGUGGGUGGAGGGGCAGAAGGCUUUGUGGUGGAUGUCCAUGAUGCAGCGUCUGGCACUCCUGUCGGGCACACGGUGCUGGGUGGUGAUGCCAGGAGUCACACCCUGAGGAGCCUGAGCCCUGGCACCCACUACAGCGUGGCAGUGAGUGCCACAGCUGGGCCCUUCCACGCCAGCACCUCCAACUUCACCCACUGCACACUGACCCUGUACCAUGCACCACUGGGCACUGUGGCAGCUACAGCCUCGCUUGGGAGAGACACCCACAACUUCACCUUCACGGGGCUGGCCCCAGGAAGCAAAUACCUGCUGGAGGUGGCAUCUGUGGCUGGGUCCUGCAGGGCACCUGCAGGGAAUGUCAGCAACUGGACAUACCCCUUGGCACCCCGUAACGUGUACAUGACGAACCAGGGGUACCCCAACAGACUGAGUGCAUCCUGGAGAGCUGAACCCCAAGGACAAGACAGUUACAGGCUCCUCCUGUAUCACUCGGGGUCAGGCAUUGUGGCAGCCAAUGUCUCUGUUGGGAAAGGCACCAGCAAAUUUACCUUUUCUGGCCUGGCUCCAGGACAAAAAUACCUGCUGGAAGUGGUGGCCAUGGCAGGGCCCUAUGCAGCCUCUGCAGGGAACAUCAGUGACUGGACAAUCCCUGCACUUUGCCUGGGGAAUCCAACGGUCCCUGCUCCCACGCUCAGCCAUCCCCUGAGGGUGCAGGGAAUCAUGUGCAGAGCCCUUCGGGCAGCCCCCUCAGUUCCCCAGAAUCUCUCGGUGGUGGCUGAAGGGAACAACACGAUGCUCAUCUCCUGGGCCAGUGUCUCUGGACAGCAGGACGACUGCCAGCUGUGGCUGCGGGACCCCCGGAACAGCUCACUGCCCUGGAGGCACUCCCUGGGCAGGGGACAAGUCCAGCACCUCCUCCAGGGGCUGAUCCCAGGCAGGAACUACUCUGUGUCCUUGAGCUGCGUGGCUGGGCCCUACUGGAGCAGCACCAAGCCCUUGGCAGUGCCCAUGGAGCCAAAUCCAGUGAAGGAUGUGCAGUGCCUACCAGAGUCAAGGAGCCUGUACCUGAACUGGACGAGCUCUCCUGGAGAUGUGGAGGCUUAUGAGGUGCUGACAGAGAGGCUUUCUGAAGGACCCUCCACCUUCAGGCAUACCAUGAGCAUCCCUUCAAGCGAGGCCAGUCUGGAGGGGCUGGAGCCAAACUCUUCCUACCAAAUCGUCGUGAGCACUGUGGGCAUGAACACACUGAGGAGCCAGGCUGUGACUGUGCUCUGCAGCACAGCAGUGGAGCCCCUGCCCCCUCCCCUGCGUGCAGACGUGUUCCCAGUGGAGGCCAGUUCCACGGUGGUCAUUUCACCCGAGCUGUUCAGUGAGGAGAAUGGCCAGAUCCAGUACUAUGGUGUCAUUGCCACCACUAAUGAGUCAUUGCUGAGGCCCACCCAGGAGAUCAUGUCUAGCACAUGGUACGACCACUACUAUGGGACAGAGGACUCCUACCUGGCAGUGCUCAUACCCAACCCCUUCCAUCAGAGGAGCUCCCCCGAAACCUGGAGGGUGCCAGUGGGAACAGAGGAGUGUGGCCAGUCCAGGGCAACCUGCAAUGGGAAGCUGAAAGCCAAUGAACAGUACAGGUUCAGCAUUGCUGCCUUCACCAAAUAUGACCCAGUAGCCCCUGCUGUGACAUUCACCAUGUUCUCAGCUGCUGGAUCCAGUGCAGACACAGCUCCACUCUCAAUGCCAAUAAUCGCUGGAAUCAUUGUGGGAUUUCUUCUGACACUUGCAUCUGUUUUUGCUUUGGUUUACUGGAAACAGCUCAAAGCAAAGAGAACCAAGAAGAGCAGCCUGCCCCAGGAAAUGGUGACCUACAGCUUGAGAAACGUCCACAGGCCCGUUCCCCUGCACAACUUCAAGCAGUACUAUGAGAUGAAGACAGCGAGUGCUAACCACGCUUUUUUCCAGGAGUUUGAGGAGCUGAAGGAGGUUGGGAAGGAGCAGUCAAAGGUGGAGGCUGAGCUCCCAGCAAAUGUCUCCAAGAACAGAUAUCCCCAUGUGUUGCCCUAUGAUCACUCUCGGGUCAAGCUGAGCCAGCUGGGGGAGGAUCCACACUCAGACUACAUCAAUGCCAACUUCAUGCCUGGCUACACAUCCCAGCAAGAGUUCAUUGCCACCCAGGGGCCCCUAAAGAAAACCAUCGAGGACUUCUGGAGGCUGGUGUGGGAGCAGAACGUCUGCAAUAUCAUCAUGCUGACAGUGUGCAUGGAGAAUGGGAGGGUCCUCUGUGAUCAUUACUGGCCAUCAGAAUCUGCCCCAGUGUCCUAUGGGCAGGUGCAGGUCCACCUGCUGAUGCAGAGCAGCUCUGAGGAAUGGACCAUCCGGGAAUUCAAGCUGUGGCACGAGGGUCAGCGGGCAGAGCGCUUCGUGUCCCACCUGCACUACACAGCCUGGCCCGACCACGGCAUCCCCGAGUCCACCACUUCCAUCAUGACCUUCAGGGAGCUGGUCCAGGAGCACAUCCAGAGCACCAAGGAUGCAGGGCCGACCCUCGUGCACUGCAGUGCUGGUGUGGGCCGCACUGGCACCUUCAUUGCCCUGGACCGGCUGCUGCAGCAGAUGAAGCAGGAGAAGGUGGUGGACAUCUUCGGUGUGGUUUACUCCUUGCGCAUGAACCGCUACCUGAUGAUUCAGACCCUGUCCCAGUACAUUUUCCUGCACAGCUGCAUUCUGGACAAGAUCUUGGAGGAGCCUCUCCUGGAUUUAUCAGGGACAGAGAGGUCCUGCCCCAUCCCACUGAAGAGCUUUGCCCAGCACUAUGCCCAGAAGGCAGCCAAGUCCCACAUGGGCUUCCUGAGGGAGUAUGAGGCCCUCCUGGAAGCUGUCAAGGAAGAAGCCAGCUCUGCAUCACCAUCUUCAGGCAGCCAGCAGACACGGCCCUCCUCCAGCAUCCUGCCAUAUGAUCGCUCCAGAGUGAAGUUUGCCCUGCUGGAGCAGGGCCCUUUCUCAGGGCUGCUGCAGGUGUGGCGUGUCCCGGUCUGCAGCUCCAGCAGGGACUACCUGGCUGUCCAUGGCCCUGACAAGCUGACCAUGGAGGACUUCUGGACCCUGGUGUGGGAACAGGAUGUUCACACAAUCCUGACACUUCUCCCAUGGCAGGAGAAGGGGGAGGUCCCAGGUGAGGUGUGCUGGCCCCUGGAAGGAGACUGUCUCUGCAUGAAGACUCUGACCAUCCAGUGUGACACAGAGAAGCUUGUCUCGGGAUGGAGAUGUACCCAGCUCAAACUGAAACACGAGAAGAAAGCAAAGGAGAGGCAGGUACAGAGGUUCCUGUACACACUCUGGAGCAGCAAGAAGCAGCCUGAUGUGCAGAGCCUGGUGGAGCUGCUGCUGGCUGUCAGACGGUGCACACCCCACUGGAGGAGAGUGGGGCCUCUCCUGCUGCACUGCAGUGGUGACAUGAGCCAGAUGGGAACACUGAUCUCCCUGGAUUGCCUGUUGUACCAGAUGAAAUCUGAGAGAACCGUGGACAUCUUUGGUGUGACUCUCCAGCUGGCCAGGAGCUGCUGCCUCAUGACCCCAACUCUGGACCAGUACAUGCUCCUGUACACCUGCAUCCAGGACAUCAUUGCUCAGAACCAGCCCUAACAGCACCUGGCCCUUCCUGGCACCCUCUGCCUCCCCUCUGCAGGGUCCUGCACAGAGCUGGGGGCUGCUGAGGGCACCAUGGGACUCCUGGCACAGAGCAAGCCCUGCAGAGAGCAGUGACCUCCCCAGGCACUGACCCCAACGUGGUGUGAGCUGUGACACGGGGUCACAGACCCCUGGACAGACAGACAGUGUCCUGGACAGAUGGACAGUGUCCUGCCAUGCACCCCUGCAGCCUCUCAGUGCAGACAUGGUGAGGGGCUGGACAGGAUGCUCUCCUCUUUUGGGCAUCUCCUGAGAUUCCUGGUGCUUGGAGGGUUCUCCAGUCCCCCUCACUCCACCCUGUGGGGCUCUGUGGUGCCUCUGAGGCCCCACAGGAGCAUGGAGCACCGUGGUCUCUGUGCCUGUGGGCACUGGUGUGUGGAGCUCUCAGAUGUGCUGUGGGCAGAGCACUGGGAGCUGGCUUGUCUCAGCUGGUGGAAUGGUCUUAGGUACAAACAAUAAACAGCCCUAGGAAAGUGUGUGCUUG